AUGACUAUGCUAUCCUUAUAAAGUGCCUAUCAAGAUUUAUUUGAAGCUGAAGAUUAUGUAAAUCAGGACUAACUCCGAGUAUUGAAGAGUUUGCUUGAGGAAGCUACUGUAAUUCUGUAAAAGGCAUCUAAGACUUCAUUUUUGCAAACUUUGAGGAAUAUGCUGCCUGGUUCAACUUUGGAAUAGAUUCGAGAGAUUGAUAAUAAAAUUCAAAGAACAGUUCAGAUGAUUCAAUUUUAAUUACAAGCUAAGCAAUGCCAGAGAAAAAAGACUUAAUACUCAGAGUCGUCUGACAAUAAUGAUAAAGAAAACAAAGGCGGUGCACGUGGUUUAAAGAAAAGAAAAUACAAUGAAGUUGAAGCAAAAAAUGAUAUGCAAGAUGUAAUGUUUGAUCCAACUCUCAAGAUGAGGGAUGAAGCAUAAGAUGGUGAUCAAAAUGAGAACAACUAAAAAGAAGCUUUUCAUCUGAGAUUAAUAAGUUCUGAAAGAGAUGUGAGAAAAGCGGCUUAAAAGAUGAAUAUUCAAUACUUGAGAGCCUAUUGGGACAACCCAGAGAUCACAGUAACUCGUCUAAUGUUUGCUGAGUUUCCGAUUGAAGACGUGAUGAUGGGGCCUACUCUUGAUAUGAACUAAAUGCUAUUUAACUAACCAAGGAAUGAUUCUAGAGAUAAAAUAAGAAGGGGAAAGAUGAAAUUGUCUUCCUCCAAUAAUUCAUCAAGCAAUAUUAUUGGCAAAUAAAUCAAAAAUCAAAAUCAUUCAUCCAAUGAGCAGUAUAAUGAAAGAUAAUACCUAAGUGUUAAUCAGCCAAAGCGGGGUAGUGGGGAUUCAUUUAAAAAACACUAAAAAAGCAAGGAUAGCAAUAUGCAGCAUUCUUCAAGAAAUAAUUAACAAUCAAAGGAAUAAAGGGAUAAGCAAUAGGAAAUAAUAGUUACUGAAUUUGUGUACAAAUAUGACAUUGAGGACUUAUCUUCGAAUGGUACUUAUCUAAAUGGCGAUAGAAUGGAAAAGGGUAAAAGAAUAGAUAUUGGACCUGGCGAUGAGAUUGGAAUGGUAGUAAUAAAAGAUUCUUAGAAUGAAGCAAGCAGUAUUGCGUCAUCUGCAGACUCACCUACUGUCAGUGGCCGUCCAUUCAGAAAGGAGAGAAUUGCAAGAUUAUAAAGCAAAGAUAAGGAAGCUGGCGAGGCAAUUCUUGUGCACAUUGUGCCUCAUUCUUAUAACACAGAGUUUAUGAAUACUGUUAAUGAGUACUUCCCCGGGCGAAAAGAAGACUUGAUGCAAAUUCAUUUUAAUAAAGUCUUUGAUGCUGUUAUCUCUUCAAUGCUAAAGGAACCACACAGAACAUUUACUCAUUAUGAAGUCAAAUACUUCUCAAAUUGGUACAAAAACCAAUCAGAGGAGGUAAAGAGGAACGUAAAGCUACUAGUUCAAUUGGGAACUCUAGAAUUUGUAAACGGAGGAUGGGAAACCCAUGAUAAUGUAUGUCCACACUACUCAGAUAUGUUACUUAAUCUUCACAGAGGGCAUUAGUUCCUAGUUUCAGAAUUCGGAGUCCAUCCUAGAGUUGCCUGGAACCUUGAUCCUUAUGGUCACUCAGAUGCUAAUGCUAGAUUGCUAGCUGAGAGUGGCAUUGAAGCUCUCUAUUUCAAGAGUGUUGAUCCCUAGGAUAGAGAAAACAGACUAGCAUCAAAGACAAUGGAAACUCUUUGGAGACCAAGUUUCUGGCAUUUAGGAAGAAAAGCUGAAAUCUUUACACAUGUUAUGUAUGACUUCGAAAUCUCACCUUUUGAUUUAAUUAUUGAUGGUCAUAAGAAAGUUGAACCGACUACUGAGCCAUCCUAAUAGCCUACUCAAAUUUAAUAGCAAAAUGCAACUAAUAGUGAAAGUACAGAUAACAAUUAGCAACCUCAGCCUUAACCAUAGCCUGAUCCAGAGCCAGAACCUACUGAAGGAGAGUAGACUGAAGCUCCAACUUAAAGAAGAGUUAGAAAGCACAAAUUAGGAUUAGAAGGCUAGUCUCUAGAUACCAAGGGGUUGAGAGAAUAUGCUAAGGAAGUUUCUAGAUUUUAUAGAACCAAGCAUGUACUUAUGUUUAUUGGAGCUAAAUUGAAUUUCGAGGAUGGUGAUAUCUACUUUGACCAGUUAGAUGAUCUCAUCACUGAAUUCAAUAAAAACAAUGAUUAAGUUCAAUUAACUCACUCAACCCUGAGUUUCUAUGAUGAGACUAUUCAAGCUCAUGAUUUCGAGUUCCCAGUUAAUUAUUACGAUUUACUCCCACUUACUGAUAACGGCAUUAGAUAUUUUACAGGCCUCUACACAACCAGACCAAAUCUCAAAGCUAUCAUUAGAAGAGCUUCACAAGAAUUACAUGCCUCAAACAAGCUAUUUGCUUUGAGAAUGAUUGAUAGUGGACUCCAUAAUGACACUUCCUAUUAAAAUUACUUAAAUCACUCUAUCAAUCUUCAAGAGAAAGUAGCUGAAGCUUAAAAGACUGAAGCUAUCGGAGGUGUUAGUAAAGAUGAGAGAGUCAUAGAUAUUAUUGAUAAAUUGUAGGAUGCUCUUGAUGAGAACAAUAAACUAACUACCAGGAUUAUUGCUGAUACUGCUUACAAGAUUGCUGGAAUUUAGAUCAAAUAAAAUCAAAUUUGGAAUUGGUGCGUCAAAGCUGGAGCUAGCUUCUUUGAUUGCCCAAUCGGAAGACAUCAGAAAAAUGACAGUCUUAAUAUGGUUGUAGCAGUUUUCAAUCCAAGCACUAAGAGAUUAAACCACACAAAGAUUGCAGUGCCCCAUGGAAACUUGACAGUUAAAGUCUUCAAUGAGACUUCAGCCAACUUUGAGCCUACUAAUGCCACUGUCCUUUGUGACUUGCUAAAUAAUGGCAAAAACGACUGCUGGUUGUAUGCUAAACACUAGGUGGAUGCCAUGCAAUUUGGAUUCAUCCAGAUUACUUAUAAUGCUAAAGGCAAUCUCACUGCAUAGAAAUAAUAUGACUAGAACUUUAAAAUUGAGAACAAAUACCAAUUCCUACAGUUCAAAGGAAAGGAUGAGUAGUAUGGUGCGCUCUUCAUGUUGUAAAAGAAGCUCUAUCUUCAGAAUUAUCACUUUGGUUUCGACUUGAGAUAUUACCCAGCUUACCAAGGAUUCGAUGGUUCAAGAAGUGGAGCUACCAUCUUCAGACCUGCUGGAAAUCAUUCACUCAGAUAUAGUAAUCUGUCUUAUCAUUACUAUCAAAUUGGAUCUGUUGUUUCACAAGUUACUCUUGAGUAUUUUGAUAACAAAACCAAAGAAUCAGCAACUGUCAAAGUUCAAAUCUACCCAGAUGAUAUGAUGAUUGAAUGGGAUGUAGUUCUUGAUGAGAUUCCAAGAACUGAGGUAGGCAAAGAAGUUACCAUCAACUUCCAUGCAACAGAAAUCACAAACUCAUAAACUUUCUUCACAGAUGUGAAUGGACUCUAGAUGAUCGAAAGGCAUUUGAACUACAGAUCACAAUGGAUGUAUUAGGCUUCAUCUCACUAGAACAUUUCAGUCAAUUAUUAUCCAAUCGCUAGUGCUAUUGCUGUUAGAGAUCUUGCCUAUGGAUCUACUUAAAUGACUAUCAUGACAUCAAGAACUCAAGGUGGUUCUGUCAUUGUAAACUCAAGAAUUGAACUCAUGCACAACAGAAGACUAUACUAUGAUGACAAGCAAUCAAAAGGCAUCAUUAUUGGUGAUGAGGGAAGUCCUGUUCAAUCUACCUACUACAUCUAAUUCUUUGACAGAAACUAUGAAGGAUGUGAGCAAAGGAAAAAACAGCUUCAUAUUGAUGCUCCACCUCAAUAUUACUUCGCUUUUGACUACGAAAUGAAGAGUAAGGAUAUUAAGCAGUUCUCCCAGCCACUUCUAAACUCAACCGAGCUAAGUGAGACUGGCCUACCAGAAACAUCCAAAGUUGAGCUCUUCCCCUUGGACAAGAGCAAAAUCCUUCUCAGAAUUGAAAACUUAGAUGAUUAAUUCUCGCAUAAAUUCGCUAUUAAACAAAAGAACUAUCCAUUUGUUAAUGUCGAAAAGAUUGCUCUUAAGCUAUUAGAAAAGGUUACAGGAAGACUACCUAAUUCCUACUCAUUAUAAAUUGAGGAAAUGAAUCUUAGCGGUAACGAAGAUUUAAAGCAAAUGAACUGGGAGAAGGUUAAGUGGUAAGGAACUGACGAUGAUUAUGUAGAUACUAGCUAUCUUCCAAUAGAUUGGAAUCAAACCUAUGUAAGUCUAGAGGCUUAAAGAAUAAGAACAUUCGUUUUGGAUUAUACUUACAAAGCUCCACCUCCAACUACAACGACGACUACUACCAAGACUACCACCACAACUACAAAAACUACUACAACAACUACUAAACCUACUACAACAACUACUAAACCUACUACAACAACCACAAAGCCAACAACAACCACUACUAAAGUUACAGCAACACAGAAAACAAAAUAGAGACCACCUCUUCAAGUAAAAGAACCUACUUUAACUGCUGCCCCAGCCAAGAUUGAUAUCAUUGAAUGA